AUUUGCCAGUGGUGGAGUCCAACAGCUGAUUGUUUGCGCGAGACACUAAACAGUGAACGACGUAUCUGCGAGCUCUCAACGCAUAUACGAGAUUGGAAAGAGUGUAAGCGUACUUGCCUGACGAGACGUGACUUCCAAUUUGUCCGUGGGGAGGAGACGCUUUUUAAGGAAGCGCUUCCUCGCCCUCCAUCCCUGAGGACCUCACUCUCACUCUCACACUCACACUCCUGUGACUCCCUCCGAGGGCGACUGCUGAUAAAUCUCUGGAGUGUCGCCGCCCCAACUCACCUCAGGCUCCCAGGAGAAAGAGGGAGAGAAAGAAAGAGAUAUCCCAGCUGACCUCUGAUGUGAGGAGCAUAUCUGCCACCAUCGUCGCCCAGGGCCCUAUCACCUCUCAGUGCCCAAGAGAUGACCCUAAUUUCCUUCCUCCUCUCUCUCUCCUGUCGCCGUCAGCCUCCUCUUCCUCUCUGCGGCUGCCUCUUCCUCAGGACUGUACCUGUACUUGGUAUUAAUAAUUAAGCCACUGGACAGUCUGCUGGUGCUGACCCCCUGAAGCGGAGAGUCGUGUAGCGUACAACAGGGGUCCACUGUCGCCAGGCUCCUGAUUAAACACCGAACCCAAUUAAGAGGGAGAGAGGCAGGGAAGGCCCAUCUGGAGUGUGACUCACACACACUCACACACCCACACACACCCACACACACACACACACACACACACACACACAGACACAGACACACAGACACGCGCACGAGUCUCACACACACACUCACACCUGAAGACAGCUGAGUCAGCUGAACAGCGGUGCAGCAGUUCUCUCUGAGGAGGAGUCUGUCCAUCUGUUUUCUGUAGCCUGUGAGAUUUCUCACUGCAUUAUCUCUCUCUCACACACACAGACACACUCACACACACACACACACACACACACACACACACACACACACAUAUACAUACCUGUUGUAGACAGCCUCAGUGGAUCCCCUCAGGACUUCUGUCUAUCCCCCCCCCCCGACCAACACACACACAAGAAUAUGUGAAUCUCCCAUCACCCUUUUUUAUUUUAUAUCUAUUUUACACUCCUCUUUUUCCCCUAUCUCUUUAUCUCCAUUUAUGUCAUAGUUCUACAACACCGUUCCGGGUCACACGGCGCAUUGUAAUUGGACCUCUAAUUACCUAUGCAGGCCUGCUCAUUAUUAGCCAUCAGUGGGCUCUGAGCAAAGAGUCCCCUGACAGGCGCUGACCUUUGGAGAGGGCCAGGCAGCUGCCCCUUUGAACCUUCAUCCAUAUCCCAUUCACACCUCCCACCAACACACACACACACACACACACACACACACACACACACACACACACACACACACACACAUGCCCACUGUUCUGUGUCUGUAAAUGUCACUGCCCCGGCCAUUGAAUCAUCCGGGUGAAAGAGAUUUCCUUUUUCCUCCUUCGCCAGUGAUUUCCAAAAGGCAAGAGAGCUCCAUCUCAACAGGGGGCAAGCACACGUGCCUGACCCCCACCCGGGAAUGCCAGGCAGACUUCUAUGCGUGACAGUGGCCUUCUUGGACUUGUUGUUUUUCCUCACUAAUUAAGGGAAAUUGUCUAUUCUCUUUCCUGCUGCCCGCUCCUGGUAAUUGCUGCUUGUUCUUAUUACACUCGAAGGGGCUGUUCAUUUGAAGGACGCAGCAUAUUUCCUCUGCCACUCUCUCUCUCUUUCUCUCUCUCUCUCUGUCUCUCUCUCUCUCUCUGUCUCUCUGUCUGCCGCUGUGUAGAUUGGAUUUGGAGCUGGCGGCGAGGUAAUUGCCAUCGACGGAGAAACUUAAUGAAGGGUCUCUGGGCAGCCCUGGCCACGGAUUAUUGGCAGGUCUGAGGACUCCGUUGCAGUGAUUAUUUUUCUGCUCGUGGCCGUCUGAUCCAGAAACGCUUCCACCUUAUCCAUGACAUUUGGAAGGAAUUACUCUUGAAGCCGCACGCACACCUCUGGAGAAACUCAGAUGCAGAGGAGGCAUUGAGGUCCAUGAGGCCGUCCAGGCUCCAAGGAGUGAGGGCCAACUGUGUGUGUGUGUGUGUGACGCAGGGCAGGUGCAGUGAUUUGUUUUUGGUCUGCCAGUGAAAGCUGCUUUUGGGGAAAGUUUAUCCCGUUGAAGUGCAAAAACCGGAUUCACCAGAUGGCUCUUUAAAGAGAAAAAAAAAACAGGCAGUCGAGAUGAAUAAAACAUCUAGAAUAAAGGAGGCAUCAAACUGACAUUACAUUUCUGCCCCACACAACCCAACCCCCACCCUUCCUCCUCUCCACUCCACGCUCCCUCUGAGCCCACAACACUGGAGGAUUUGGACUCGUCUAAUAGAACUCUCCACUGGAAAUCUGUCUAGUAAUCCCCACCUUCUUUGUCUAUUUGAAACAUUUCAGCCCCUGCGCCAUUUUUGCGCCCCUGCCCCUCUCCACCCCUGCUCCUCAUCCACCCGCCCGCCUCCCUGCCGUGCCCCCUCCGCUGUGCUAUGCCCCAUCGCUGCCACCGUCCCAUCCUGGAGUCAUGCCCAUCCCCGAGAUGGCUCUGACCCCCGUCAAGUCUCUGUACUGGGAGGUGUUCCCGCCCAUGCCCACGCGGCGGGUCUACUGCACGCCGCUGCUUCUCGACGGCCUGAUGUACGUGCUGGGCGGCUGCAGCGAGAGCGGCCUGCCCCUGGACGCCGCCGAGGUGCUGGACCUAGAGAGCCAGCGCUGGUGCACGCUGCCGCCGCUGCCCACCGCUCGUGCCGGCGCCACGGCCGUGGUGCUGGGCGGGCAGCUGGUGGUCAUGGGCGGCAUGGACGCCCAGCAGAGCCCGCUGGCGUCGGUGGAGGUGUACAACAUCGACGAGGGGAAGUGGGAGAGGAAGGCUGGGCUCGGGCAGUCGUCCAUGGGCAUCACGGCAGUGGAGAAAGAAGGGAAAGUGUAUGCUCUGGGAGGGAUGGGUGCAGACACAUCUCCCCAGGCCCUGGUGAGGGUCUAUGAGCCAGCCAAGGACCAAUGGCUUCCCCUCGCCACUAUGCCGACGCCCCGCUACGGAGCCGCCUCCUUCCUGCGUGGGAACAAGAUCUACGUGCUGGGUGGGCGUCAGGGUAAGAUGCCCGUGACGGCGUUUGAGGCCUUCGACCUGGAAGUGAAGAGCUGGACGCGCUUCCCCUGCAUCCCCAGCCGUAGGGCGUUCUCCAGCUGUGCGGCCACUGACCGCUGCUUCUACAGCCUGGGGGGACUCCAGCAGCCCGGCCCCCACAACUUCUACUCGCGGCCACACUUCGUCAGCACCAUGGAGGAGUACGACACCGAGCAGGGUGUUUGGCUGAAGCCUACACGGAGUUCACGCAUGAGGGAGAAGCGAGCAGACUUUGUGGCCGGCUGUCUAGGAGGCAGGGUCAUCGCUGCGGGUGGAUUAGGUAACGAGCCCUCCCCGCUGUCCUCGGUGGAGAGCUACAACCACGUGAAGCGGAGAUGGGAGUACGUGGCUCCGCUCCCCAGCCCCCGCUGCUCCUGUGCCUCCCUCCAAACUCCCAGCAUGCUCUUCCUCAUUGGUGGCGUCUCGCAGGGCCCCAGUGACGCUGUGGAGGCCCUCUGUAUGAGAGAAAGCGUCUGACGCAGACGCUGACAGGUCACACACACUGGCAGUAGAUGGAUGGGACACUCUCUCACUCAUAACACGCCUCUGUGGCAGUGUGUGUCUGAUGAUAGAGAAGGACAACCUCACAGAAGGGACUUUGGAUCUUUCCUCAGAACAGCACGGAAACAAGAUGCAGUAGCCUAACAAAGGAUCGCGACUCCAACCCCUCACUACCACCUUUUCGCUCUCUAGGACUUUUGGGGAGUUUCACACAAGCAAGAAAGCAAGCAAGCAAAAAAAUCCACAAAAUAAAUAAAUAAAGUAAUCCCUUCCCAAAACACAGAGAGACAACAUUAUGGACGCCUUUGAACUGCAAGGCACCUUUCAGGAUCAAAGCAGGGUACUUUUCUGGAAAAAAAAACUCAAAGGAACUAAGGGCCAUAUCUAUCCACAAGCCACUGCAGAGGCUGUCAACAGUGGCAGCUCUAGCACUUUUUUCUAUUUCCCGAGAGAAACAGAAGAGAAAAAAACAAUGAAAAAUUAAGGGAAAGGUUUUGAUGAAGAAACAAAAAAAAAUGAGUAUGUGCUUGUGCGUGCGUGUGUGUGUGUGUGUGUGUGUGUUUGUUUUGUAGUUUGACAGCCAUGCAUGAGAGAAGUUAGCACAAUCACUGCAUUGCAGGGAGAGUGCAACUCCUCAGACAUUGAUGCUACAACUAUAGCAAUGGGCCAGGAAACUGGGCCACUUAGUUGAGGAAGAGAAGAGAGUUGGGUUUCGUGAACCACAGAAAUAAUUGCGAAGAGUGUGUUAUCAUUUCCAAAGGGCGCACCCACCCACACAGACACAGGCAGAUACACACACCCGCACCCAGCUCACUGCUGAGGUUACCUCCUAGUUACAUAAACCGCCAAUUUAAAAAGCUGAUGGAAGGGAUUUUCAUGUCAGACACUGAUGUGAUGGUCUCUCUAUCUCUGCUUGUUUAUGUGUGUGUUCUCUCUCCCUCUAUCUCUGCUUGUGUGUGUGUGUGUUGUCUGUGUGUGUGUGUGUGAAUUUACAUUGUGGGUGGAUGUGUUGGGUCAUAAGCAGUAAGUUCAACACUAGAUAAAUGAGAAGAAAUCAAUAUUUAUCUACAGAAAGCUUGAGCUUUAUUUGUUUGGCUUGAGCAGUUCUUUACCCUGAGGUUGAAUUGAUAGAGAUAAUAGACUAUUCAUGAUGAGCAGAAAUAUUAUGUGAAUUUUAUCUGUCUUUGCUCAUAUUCACAGACUUGAAAACCAUAUCACUUCAUAUACAACUUGAAAACGAUAUCAUGCCAUAUAGCAGUAUCCAUAGACUUUCUUGCACUAUCAAUAUCUACUAUUACUGGUAAUUGAAUUAUGAUUUUAUUUCAGAAGGGAUUUAUAAGGUAAACACAAGCUAUGAGUGAAUUUUGUGUGUGUGUGUGUGUGCGUGCGUGCGCACACGUGUACGUAUGUGUACGGGUUCAUGUGUGUGUGUGUGUGUGUGUGUGUGUGUGUGCGUGCGUGCGCACACGUGUACGUAUGUGUACGUGUUCAUGUGUGUGUGUGUGUAGGUGCGUGCGCACACGUGUACGUAUGUGUACGGGUUCAUGUGUGUGCGCGUGUUCCCUUUCUCAUUCAUGCUUAACAUAUUUGUCCAAUAAAACGCAUAUGGUUGUCAGUUGGCCAAUAUGACACAUGCCAGUGUGUGUAUACAAGUCGUGCUUACAUUACCCAGACAGGCAAAGCAAGACUGAUUUAUUUACAUAUUAAUAUUUUACUGAUGUGCUUCACAUGACAGGAAACCUAGUUGGCUGCUUUUUGAAGAAAAUGUUGGCAUUUAUCUUAAGGGGAGGGGGGCAUUCAUGGCUGGCAUUUCAAUUGGGAGGCAGUAAGAAAAAUGACAUACAGGCCUAUAUAUUGCUGCAUGGAUUAUUUUUGAUACGCCAGUGGAUGUGUGCUCAUCUGUGUGUUUCAGUAUGGAACUGUCUGUACCGCACACACAUACAUACACACACACACACAAUCAGAAAGAAUCAGAAAGAAUCAGUCCCUAUAUAUAAGGAGAUUUAUUUUUUGUCAGCCCAGCUGUGAGAGCUCCUCUGGCAUGGCUAAUGCUCCGACUCAGCCUGACGGCUGGCUACACCCACCAGGCAUGUCUCAAUGCAGCGUGCAGGCAGUUGGUGUCGAGCAGGUUGGAGAGAGAGAAAGGGAUAGAGAAGGAGAAAAAAGAAAUGUGUGCUGAAAUAAAUAUACCUCCAUUUUUAACUCUUUUUUUUUUUGUCAUGGCAACAUGGCGUAUGAGUCAUGAGUGUGAAGCGGCAGGUUGGUUUGGCUCCGGUGUCCUCUCCACUCCUCUCAGCGGCACCUUUGAUGGGCACGCUAGCCUGUCAUUCCAAACACUCAGACGAGUCUUGAAUGCUUUUAGUAGUAAGUUGUCAGGGCUGCUCGCCUUCACAGUGGCCUUUAAUCCUGGUGCCACUAAGGUUUGUGCAGACGACCACAGAAAAAUAUAUACAGUAAAUCAUCAUGUCACGGAGGUUUGCUGAGUACUUAUUUAUAAUGUUGACGUAAAAAACUAUAGAACCUCUGUCAGUUUUACCCCACCUCUCUCUCUAUCUCUCACCUGUGUACAAAUCACCUUCCACUGUGGGUGGAUGGUGGCCAAAAGAUUCAAAGCUACAUUGGCUGUUUGUUUUUCUUAGGCAAACAUCUCGGAUGCAUCUCAUUGAUACGGAUGCACAUCCAAAUGCUUAUCCAUGUUAUGCUUAGAACAUAAUUCCUUUUUAUGCCCUUAAUUAUGAGUAGACUUUACGUAAAUAGGAGCAGUCACUGUGAUUAUGAGUGCAGUAGUUCUUGUGUCACAGUCAGUGAAAUUCUCCUUAUGUAUUUGUUUACAACAUUUAUUUACUUUUGUAUUUUGUUUUCUAGAGGUACCUCUUUAAAGCCCAGAAUUGUGUUUCCUAUUGUAACGUACACAGUAAUCGUUUAUGUUGCUGCAGUUCUCUCGCUCUCUCUCUCAGUACUUUGUGUUCUGUGGACUUUGUUUGUUCUUGUCCAUCCGUGAGAUGACCCAGGCUGUCAUGGUGUCGAGGCCUCCUAUUGUUGCCACAGCCAGGGGAGAGCCAGCCUGUUGUUUAUUUCUCUGUGACGCAGUGGUGUGUGACAUUGUGAUCGGUGUGUAACCACAGAUUGUGUGUGAAGACGAUGGUACACUCAUGCAACACCAAUUAUGUGUAAUAUGAGAUUAAUUAUUGUGAAGUUAAGAAAGAAACGACACCAGUUAAACAAUAGAGAUAUUUUUUCUGCUUUCACAUUAUAGAGGGGGGGAAAUGCUGUUUGUAAAUCUAGUUUUACCAUAAAGUCUCUUUGAUUGAGAUGAAGAGGGACACACUGUAUGCCACUCUCAGCCUUAGGGAAAUAAUAGUGUCAUGUUGCAUUAUGCUUUGACCCACUGCAGAAUUAGGAGGUGGGGGGGUAAAGAUAACAGCUGUAGGUAGCAGUGAGCACAACAUGUUUUUCGUGCCCACUGGCAAACAUCAACAGCAGCAUUGUGGGGGUUUAAGAGUCUCUCGAUGCUUGGACGAAUUUUAAUAUUUUAAUUUAGAUAUGCUAGCGAAGUCAUCAUUUACUUUCUUUGCUUAAAAAUGAACAUGUUCAAUGGACACCUCUUUGGCCAUGGAUGACUGACCUUCAAACUAACCCUGUCAAAUAACAUGGCAUGCAGUAAACAGGCCACCUCAGAGAUAAUCAUUUAGAGCAUUCAGAUUUUCAACCAGCCUGUUGAAUCUCAUAAAUACAGUAUGUUUAUCAACAUGAUAAAAUUUAACAUACCCCACUGACACCAGUACUUGCUAUAUCAACAACACAUACGCAUAUUUGUUUUUUUUGCAUCAAAGAUGACAUAUAUAUACUAUAUGUUUGAAAGACAUAUGUAGGAUAUAAGACAACACACAACAGACAACAGACAGGUGACCCUGCGACUGAGGAUGCCUCCUGCCUUGGGUCCAGUCAGUGCAGAGGCAUUCUGCAGGUCACUUGAAGGACACAUACACUGAUAGACGUUGACUCCUUUGCUUUGUGUGAAGAGGCAGCAUUGCUCUGGAGAAGCGGGUUCACGUGGAUAUGUGACAGUGGGUGACUCUGGUGCAGUAGUUCAGUGCCUAUAUAUGUUAGGUAGUGCCUCUUCUAUGACUUCUUCAAUAAAACAUUUCAAAACC